GUUCCUCAGCAGGACAAGUUGCUCUGAAAUCUUGUGGAUUACAAAGAGAGGAGGAGAACGAGAAGCGUCCUUUGCUCCGCCAGCAGUAGAAGGACCGGCCGAGCUGCAGGACUGAUCCCAGAGGUUCCAGCCAAGGAACCCGCUCAGCUUCUUCUUCCCGACCUUCGAGGGGCUCCGACGUUCUCAGACCAAGAUGGCCAGUGGAGGCUUGCAGAUGCUGGGUUUCAUCCUGGCUUUCAUCGGCUGGAUCGGCAUCGUGGUGAGCACGGCCAUGCCCCAGUGGAAGAUCUCCUCCUACGCUGGGGACAACAUUGUGACGGCCCAAGCCAUCUACGAGGGCCUCUGGAUGUCGUGCGUCAUGCAGAGCACGGGGCAGAUGCAAUGCAAGGUCUACGACUCCCUGCUCAAGCUGGAGGGCUUUCUCCAGGCCACACGGGCCUUGAUGGUGGCAAGCAUCCUUUUGGGCCUCAUAGGGACGUUUGUCGCCAUGAUCGGAAUGAAAUGCAUGAAGUGUUUGGAGAAUGAUGAACCCAAGAAAGUGUUGAUGGCUCUGAUUGGGGGCAUUAUCUUCCUGGUCUCAGGAUUUGCAGCCUUGGUGGCCACAUCGUGGUACGGAAACCGCGUGGCUCGGGACUUCUUCAACCCUUACACACCAGUCAACACCAGAUACGAAUUCGGGCAAGCUCUCUUCGUCGGUUGGGCGGCUGCUUCCCUGGCCAUCUUGGGAGGGGCCUUCCUGUCCUGCUCCUGUCCCCGAAGAGAGACCUCCUACCCUCCAUCCCGGCCGUACCCAAAGAGCGCCCCCUCUGGAGGGAAAGAUUACGUAUAAUACCGAACAGAGACGGAGCGCAAGUAACUUCCUAGGCGUUGAAGAAGGAACCCCAAGGGAUGGCACCUUCCUGCUCUCCUUCCGGGAGCAGAGGGCGUGCCUUUGGCACACGGCUCUCCCUUUCGUAAAAGAAAUGUGUAUAUUUAUAUAUAUUAACGUCCGUGUGUAUGUGCGUGUGUGUGCGUGUGCGUGUGCGUGCUCAUUGUGCCUGUUAUAUAACCACUGCUGAUGAUCUUGGUUGUAUGAUUCUUUCUUGCCUUUCCAUUUGAUAAGGAAGCUCCGCCCCAAAACGUGUAAAUGGUGGGGUGGUGGUGGAAAGGGCGUCAAGCUAUGGGGUUUUCAAGUCAAGAGACGAGCAGAGGUGG